UGUCCACUUUAGAAAAAUCCCCUCUACUUCCUUAUACCGAACAAGACGGUCCCUGUAGGCGACAAGAUUGUCAAAAGAAACUGGGACGCGCCAAGCGAUGGUCUUUUUUCUCUGCCUUUGCCGUUCUGGCCAUGUUUUUGAUGUUUUCCCACUGUGAUAAGAGACACCAUGGCGAAUCCAAGAUGACGGCACUACAUGCUGAUACUGUUGACUUAUUGAGUACCUGUCAAUCGGAGCCUUCUAUCCCUUAUAAAGGAAUUCAUAAUUUCAACUUUGAGCCUGAACAGUAUUCAAACCUUGAGAUCAAGUACGAAACAAGAGAAGAUGCCAAACUAUUGAGUAUCAAAAGAGGUACGACUGUGGUUGUGGAAGAUAAGGAUACGUCAGAUAUAUCUGUUGAUAUUGACGUCAAGUUGAGUGAUGAUGAACUACAAGAUACAUUCUUUAUCAACCAGACUACUCUUAAUGAUAAGUUUAUCAUUCACCUUGGAAAUGACGAGCCUACAUCAAAUCAGAGCUGUGCCACUAUUAACAUCGUCAUCAAGGUUCCUCAUGCAUCUGCCUUAAAGGGCCUUGACAUUGGAUUGAUCAACAACGAUUAUACAUUUGACAAAGAAGGCCUUGUCUUUGAACAUCUUCAGCUAAAUGUGGUCUCAGGCGACUUUAAUCUUCAAAAGAGCUUCACUUCUGGUUCAACCAAGAUUGCCGGUAUCAAUUCCAAUGUUAAAAGUUCAAUUCAUUCAUUAUCCGGAGACCUCGUAGUCACCGUAAUUAAUGGCCGAAUCAAUGCAAACGUGAAUGAAAUAACAACAUCUGCUAACACCUUAAAGUUGGAUGCCAUUAACGGUGCUAUUGAUGUACAGUUGCCCACUGACUUUGAAAGUCAGUUCAAGCUCGAUAAUAUGAAUGGAAGACGUACGGUCAAAAGCAGCAAACCUGAUCAACUUCAUAUCACCAAACGCUCAUUUGGUAAACUCGAAGGAUACAAUGGUCGUGAUAGCGCACAUCAUUUUGUAUCACUUUCUACCUUGAAUGGCCCGCUUUCACUAAAGUACAUUUUGUAAUAAUAAAAAAGGAAAUAAAGCUCUAUUCAAUCUCCCUCUUUUUUUUUUUUUUU